UGCUAACUUCAGCCGAUUCAGAAAUCAGCUGUUUUAGCCAAUUGACGUUUCGUUGGAGGAUUAAAAACAAUUAUUAAUUUAACAUAUUUUUGGGAUAAUAAACAAGUCGAUAUACUGAAUUGUUGCAAAGUGACAAUGCUAAUUAAUUUAACUUUGAAGGUUUAGAAGAAGGAUCAUCCUGAAGAUAACGUUAUCACAGAGUGUUUAUUUAAGAAUGCCCGCAGAAUAACAAGAGUCUCUAAAAAUGUCGGGCCAACCAGCUGUUCAAAGAAACCUAGAAAAUCAUCUUCCGGGUACCCCAUUAUUAGCCCUGAACCGAACGAGGAACAACAAUCAGUUAGUGAACAUUCGCGAUCGACUUUUUCUUACGUUAUUUUACCGGGUCUCCCUGGCUUAUGCGCGGACUUUCCCAAAGUCAGUGAGACGCUUUAUCGAGUUCGUAGUGUUAGUUAAGGCUUUAGCUGCGUUUUUUGUGCUAGUUUAUAUUCACCUAUCCUUUUCAAAGACUCCGAGUACUUGUUUGCAUAGAGUUAAGGACACAUGGCCUAGAGAUGGUAUUUUGAGGGUAGAGAUAGUUAGAAAUCUGCAAAAGGGGUACAGUAUUGAGGAUAGUUAUGCGAAGGAGGAAAGACUGAAACAGCAGUUUAAAAGCGACGAUUUGACGAGUAUGUUAGGGUUGCUUGCAAGGGAUGGAUUUGUUAAUAUCGAGCCUUCAACUGCUGAAGAGAGUGAAAAGGAGACCCAACCAUUAUCAGGAAAGAAUGGUUCCAUGGCUAUCACUGAAUCGCCGCUCCAAGACCACUCAUACCCGAACGAAUUGCUGAACGUAUCAUCUACCAAACGGACGUGGACUGAUAUGAUUACUGAGUCUCCUAAGAGUCUGUUGGACGCUUUGGAUCACAGCGAACACACUGAGAAAAGAAGGCUUAUUUCUAACUCUACUAUUGGUAGAAAGAGGAACUCUGCGGGUACGACCAUCCAAGAAUCGACGCAUCAUCUUGAAAGAGGUGCUUCGGUAGACGAGUACAUCGUCGAGUACUCUCUGGAGUACGGAUUUUUGAGGCUGAAUCCAACCACGAGGGCGAAACUCAAAAUACCGGUCCAGGUCGUAUUUCUGGACCCCACGACUGACAAGUGCUUUGGAGACGCUUUCAGUCGUCUAAUUUUGGAAGAGUUUUUGGGUUACGAUGAUCUGUUGAUGGCGUCGAUCAAGUCGUUGGCCGAGAAGGAAGAUAAUCGAGGAUAUUUAAGAAAUGUUAUCUCAGGGGAGCAUUAUCGAUUUGUGAGCUUGUGGAUGGCAAGGACUUCAUACAUUGCUGCUUUUUUCUGCAUGAUAAUUUUUACAGUGAUUGUAUCUAUGCUGCUGCGUUACGCUCAUCAUCAGAUCUUUAUUUUCAUAGUGGACCUGCUACAAAUGCUAGAACUGAAUAUGACAAUCGCUUUCCCGACAGCUCCCCUUUUGACAGUUAUUUUGGCUUUAGUAGUUAUUUUGGCCUUAGUAGGAAUUGAAGCGAUCAUGUCGGAGUUCUUCAACGACACCACCACGGCCUUCUACGUUAUUUUGAUCGUUUGGUUAGCCGAUCAGUACGACGCCAUCUGCUGUCACACAGCCGUUACCAAACGUCACUGGCUCAAAUUCUUCUACCUUUACCACUUCUUAUUCUACGCCUACCACUACCGAUUUAAUGGUCAGUACAGCGGACUUACCCUUGUAACAUCUUGGCUUUUUACACAGGGUGUCUCAGGUUAA